CAGCGCCCGCCCAGCGCCCCGGAAGUAGGCGCCGCCGCGAGCGUGCUUUUCGCGUGCGCAAAGCACGCCGGGAGUUGUAGUUCCGCCAUCGGACGGAAGCCGAGACGGACGCGCGGCGGGAUGUGGCCCGGAAUAUUGGCGGAGGGGGCCCGGGUGGCGGCGGGCAGGUGCCCCGCGCUGGGGCCUCGUCUCCCCGCUCUCUUUCCCACGCUGCGGCCGCCGCAGCGGACACCGGAAAGCAGCCUGGCCCUGCCGCGGAGCCUGCACGCGACGGCGGCCCGCGCUCUCCCGCUUAUUCCCAUCGUGGUGGAGCAGACGGGCCGCGGUGAGCGCGCCUAUGACAUCUACUCGCGGCUGCUGCGGGAGCGCAUCGUGUGCGUCAUGGGCCCGAUCGAUGACAGCGUCGCCAGCCUUGUUAUCGCGCAGCUGCUGUUCCUGCAGUCGGAGAGCAACAAGAAGCCCAUCCACAUGUACAUCAACAGCCCUGGUGGCGUGGUGACUGCAGGCCUGGCCAUCUACGACACGAUGCAGUACAUCCUGAACCCCAUCUGCACGUGGUGCGUGGGCCAGGCCGCCAGCAUGGGCUCCCUGCUGCUGGCUGCGGGCAGCCCGGGCAUGCGCCACUCACUGCCCAACUCCCGCAUCAUGAUCCACCAGCCGUCCGGGGGCGCCCGGGGGCAAGCCACAGACAUCGCCAUCCAGGCGGAGGAGAUCAUGAAGCUCAAGAAACAGCUGUACAACAUCUAUGCCAAACACACCAAACAGAGCCUGCAGGUGAUCGAGUCGGCCAUGGAGAGGGACCGCUACAUGAGCCCCAUGGAGGCCCAGGAGUUUGGCAUUUUGGACAAGGUCCUGGUCCACCCUCCCCAGGACGGUGAGGAUGAGCCCGAGCUGGUGCAGAAGGAGCCCGUGGUGGCAGCGACGGUGGCAGAGCCUGUUCCAGCAAGCUCCUGAGAGCUGAGCCUCAUCUCCAGGGUCACAGCAAGGGGCCGGGUGCAGCCAGACCCCUCCGUGAGCCCUGCUGACCCCUCGCUGCUGAGCCUGGAGAGGCCCCUUGAGGAACUUUGGAUCCGAGGGAUCCCCAGUGGACGGGGCAGCCUGGCUGAAACACUGAUUUUAAAUUAAACCUUUGUGUUCUUUGC